AAAUCAAAAGCUCUACAACAAGAUCCAAAUCCCUAAUUUUCCAGGGAAAUCAAAUUUCCCGGGAAAACAAAAAAGGACUCAACUUUCCGGUACCCAUUUCCGAUCAAAACAAUGGCCAAUGCUUGGAAGCGAGAGAAGCCAUUCAGACCCAUCUUCCUCUUCAUCUCCGCAACUCUCUUCCUCCUCUUCUUCUUCUUCAUCUUCUUCCUCACAUUUCAAAACCCGAGCUCCUCCCUAAACCCUAACCCCAUAGUCCUCCAAACCCCCUCAUUCCUCGGCCCAAUCCAGCCCUUCAACUGCGACCUCUGCCCCCAAUCCCACCCAGUCAUCGCCAACGUCGUCGAGGGCCUGGAGUUUCCUUUUCUGUACUCACUUGCCGAUUUGGGAAAGUUGCCGGAGAAGCCGCACAAGAACAUUGUGAGAAUGCUGAAGGGGAAGCCUUUCCGGCGGCCGGAUAUCUCGGAGACGAUUCAGGAGGUUUUGGGGAGGUUAAGGAAGGAAGGGAAGGGAAAUGGGGUUGUGGUGGAUGUUGGGGGCAAUGUGGGCAUUGCUAGCUUUGCUGCUGCUGUUAUGGGGUUUCGGGUUUUGGCUUUCGAGCCGGUUUUGGAGAAUUUGCAGAGGAUUUGUGAUGGCAUUUACUUGAAUCGUGUUAGGGGGUUGGUUACUGUGUUUGAGGCUGCUGCUUCUGACAGGCUUGGGAAUAUUACUUUUCAUAAGUUGGUUGGUCGUCUGGACAACAGUGCUGUUUCAGCCGCUGGUGCAAAGUUGGCUUUUAAGUCUAAUGAAGAGAUAGCAGUUCAAGUAAGGACCGUCCCUCUCGAUGAUGUGAUUCCAGAAUCUGAACGUGUUCUUCUGCUCAAAAUUGAUGUUCAAGGCUGGGAAUAUCAUGUGCUGAAAGGAGCUAAGAAGUUACUAUCAAGAGCUGCAAGUGAAGCACCAUAUCUCAUUUAUGAGGAAGACGAGCGUUUGUUGGAAGCCAGUAAUACCAGUAAAGCGGAGAUCCGAAAGUUCCUUUCAAGUGUGGGUUACCGUCACUGCACACAGCAUGGCACCGAUGCACACUGCACCAAGGAGAGGUAACACACUUUGUCUUCCACAUAUUAUAUAUGUUGCUACAAGAAACAGAUCCAAAGGAUUGGUAAAAAUAUUCUGAGACAACUCGUACACGAUUCUCUUAGUUGAGUUAUUCAGUGAUCUUUUCAAAUAUCACUAUACCAACAUGAGCAACUGCAAUUUAAAUGGUGGAAAUCUCUAACAUAUCUGACUCCAUGUCUGGUGGUUUGAAGAGGAGCUUUUUAAUUGUUUUGGAAAACCUCCUGUAAGAAGACAUUGUAAGGUGUUCUGGUGUUAAAGAAAUUGUUCGUUGAGAUUAACUAGAUUCAUGUGGCUGGCUUGUCACUAGUUUCUGGUUUUCAUGUAUCCAUUCAUUGUAAAAUUUUGUUUUUUGUUGUUGUGUUGUUCUUUCUGAUGCCCUUUUUUUCAUGAGGAUGUUGACUUCAAUAUUUGCUAUCUCAAUAUUUCAUAGUCGCCAUCAAUGCCAACAAACCAAUAACCACCUUUCUUUAUAGCAAUCUGCUAGUGUGAGAGAAGCUCCCUAGCUAUCUUCUUGAACUAUUCGAGCAAUUGCUAUUCCAAAUGGCAUAAGCCAAGCAACAAGGACAAGUUUGUAAGAAUCAGGA